UAUCCUUCUAUUCUAUAGGAUUCUGUGAAGGGUAAAUUGGGAAUUUUAAUGGGAAAGCUAAGCGUUUAAUCGAAAAUUUGGAACUUUUUCCGUACAACGAAAUGAACGCUUACUUCCACUUCCACAUACGCCGCAGGCGGACCCUCCGCGCUCUACAAGCACCGUUUCGCAGGAAUUUCUCCGGCCAUUCAUGGCGGUCCAUUCCGGAACACGCUCUCGUCAUGUGCCCUGCUCCUCCACCUCCAUCAUAUUCACAGCAGCUUUGUCCGUCCACUCAACCGCACCCUAUUCCAACCCAAAAUUUCUCGCAAACCAACUUCUCUAUCAUAUCCAGUUUCCUGAGAAACCCUAACAUUUCUUCCGGUUCGGAUCUCCAUUCCGAAUUAAACCGGACUGGCAUCGAACCGGAUUCAGGCUUGGUACAAGCUGUAUUUGAACAUUUCGACUCCUCUCCUAAGUUGUUGCACACUUUGUUUCUCUGGGCCGAGACCAAACCUGGGUUUAAAUCCUCUGUGACGCUGUUUAAUUCGAUGAUUAACGUUCUUGCUAAAGCGCGAGAGUUUGAUUCUGCCUGGUGUAUGGUGCUUGAUAAGAUUGGCGAGGAUGACGGCUCUGGAUUUGUUUCUAAAGAAACUUUUGCAGUUUUAAUCAGACGCUACGCUAGAGCAGGUAUGCCUCAAGCUGCAAUUCGGACGUUUGAAUUUGGUAGCAACUUAGACCUAAUUAAUAAUUCUGAUUCGGCAACGAGUUUUUUUGAAAUUUUAUUGGAUUCCCUUUGUAAAGAAGGGCAUGUUAAGGUAGCUUCAGAAUAUGUAUAUCAGAAAAAAAAACUGGAUACGGGUUGGGUUCCAUCAAUUCGGAUUUAUAAUGUAUUAUUAAAUGGCUGGUUUCGUUCAAGAAGGCUGAAGCACGCUGAGAGGCUUUGGUUGGGAAUGCAAAAGGAGAAUGUGAAACCAAGUGUUGUAACAUAUGGUACUCUUGUUGAAGGAUAUUGUCAGAUGCGUCGAGUUGAGAGGGCAAUUGAGUUGGUAAAAGAAAUGAGGAGCCAAGGAAUUGAGCCCAAUCCAAUAGUGUAUAAUCCAAUUAUAGAUGGAUUAGCUGAAGCACGAAGAUUUGAUGAGGCAUUAGGGAUGAUGGAACGGUUUUUAAUUUGUGAAGAAGGCCCCACUAUGUCCACUUACAAUUCUUUGGUGAAGGGUUAUUGCAAGGCAGGUGAUCUUGCAGGGGCUAGUAAAAUCCUUAAGAUGAUGAUUAACAGGGGUUUUGUGCCCAGCCCCACAACCUAUAAUUAUUUUUUUAGGUACUUUACAAAAUUCAGGAAAAUUGAGGAGGCAAUGAACCUUUAUACCAAGAUGAUUUCUACUGGAUACAUCCCAGACCGGCUUACUUAUCAUCUUCUGUUGAAGAUGUUGUGCGAGGAGGAGAGACUGGACUUGGCAGUUCAAAUUAACAAGGAAAUGAAAUCUAGAGGAUACGAUGCAGACUUGGCUACUAGCACCAUGUUAAUUCAUUUGCUUCUCAAAAUGUACAAGUUUGAAGAGGCUUUUGCUGAGUUUGAAGAUAUGAUACGCCGGGGAACUAUUCCUCAGUACCUUACUUUCCAGAGAAUGAAUGAUGAAUUUAAGAGACGAGGUAUGUCUGACAUGGUACAGAAACUAUGCAAUUUGAUGUCUUCUGUCCCUUAUUCAACAGGGUUGCCAAAUACGUACAGUGAAGAUAGAAAUGCUUCCCGUGCUGCUGCCCUUGCAAGGAGAACAUCUAUAAUGCGAAGAGCUGAAGCAAUGUCUGAUUUGCUAAAGACUUGUAGAGAUCCAAGAGAAAUUGUAAAGCAUAGAAGUUCACUUGAGACUGCUGUAUCAAGUGCAAACCAAUUGAUGGAUGAUAUGAAGAAAAGAUUGAAGCUGAUGUGAAGCCAUUACUAGUGAAAUAAUAGUUUAUUGCAUUCGUGUUGGAGAUUCUUGCUCUCAGUUCAGAAAUAUUUUAAGAAUCUGUUUGGGAGUAAUUCAAGUUUGUGAAUUGGUAGUGCAGUAGUGCUUAAAACGAUAAACAAUUUCCAAUUACUCAGUGUGCAGCAAUCUGAUGGAAGUUAUUAAGGAAAAAGUGUCCAAAUACAAAUGCAUUUGCAGUUGUAAACCAAGUUCUGGUAUGCAAAUAAAGAUUUAUUUGAAGCUGAUUUGUGGAGGUUUACGGAUCUGAAAUGGGCUUGUAGAAGUUCUUGAGCCAUCUCUACCCUGAUUCCCUCAAUCUCUAAAUAUCUGUAAACAGUUUAUAGGAAUUGGGCUCUGGAAUCUAUAGAGUCCGUAACUGAUAGCUCUUGAUAAACAUUUAUUAAUUAAUUGCUUGCAGUUCCCAGGUAAGCAAAAAGUUCUAGCAAAAAAUUUUUGGAGUCCUUUGUUAGCAGGUUGGGUUAACUAUUAUAUGUGUGCUCAAACAUGAAUUAGCAAAGUUGGGUCAAUUGUUUUCUUUAUGCCUGGUGUAAUUAUUCUUCUUCACUUAAUGUUUUAGGCCAAUUCUGCUUGUUUGUCUUGCAGCCGGGAUGUGUGAGGAAAGAAAUUCCACCGGGAAAAGUUGAGCAACAAUCCCUGUUUGCUUGUUGGGUGCUCUGUUGUCUUUCAAUUUCUCGGUAGCAAAUUUUAAAGUCUAUAAUUCAAUUUCGUCAUCUUUGCCAAACAUAACAGAGAGCCUUUGUUUUAUUGUCAGGAAUUUUUCUUUGUGAAUCAGAUGCUCUGGUUUUUGAAAACUGAUGAUUUUGCUUCAUCAGCUCUGUCUGGACCACCCUUCAGUGUCUUCACUACUUCCCGACAGCAUACCUCACCUUUAGUUGAGCCAUGUCCCUUAAGAUCUGUUAGGAUUAUAAUAAUUUACAUACUAGUGUAUAAAGUUGUACUGGAAGAUGUCUAGUGAAUUAUGUUUGGAGGUCUGAAAAUUUUGAAAGGCAUGUGACCUGAAUUUGCAUCUAUUUCUGCAAUACAAAAUGCAUUUUGUUUAUAUCA